UUGAAAAUAAACUCCCACCUCUUCAUUUCCAAGGCCUUCCAGUUCAGAACAAGAGGCAACUCCACCUCAGUUUUUACUCAACAAUGAUCACAGACACCUGAGAAACGAUGUCACCAAUAUGUAGGCCCUAUUUAUACAAAAGGUUGGCCCUAGCCGUAUCUCUGUUUAUUUGCUGGCUGUUGCUGACAGGCCUCUUCAUGCACAAAAAGUUGACAGAUUUCAAGCCGGAGCCCAUCGUCUUGACUCGUAACACUUCAACAGCCAGACAUGAACAUCAUCAAACUCUAGAAGAUGUUGCCAGUCUUGACAAUGCCCAUAGGUUGAAACGAAUUAAAGAUGUUUGCACCAAGUACAACAUAGGUCUUUAUCAAAAUGCAUCUUCUGAAAAUAAGUCAUUUAAAUACCCACCAGCACCACAGUAUUCAGUGUUUUAUUAUAAUAUGCAUGACAAUCUUUCCAUUUGUCCUGUCUAUAAAGCAGGGUCAUCUACAUGGCUAUUUAACCUUUGUAUACUAGGAGGAGAAUCUGAAACUGGAAUAAAAAACAGCAAAGAGCAAUUAUCAACAAUUGCAAGGAGGAUAUACCCUGAAUUAGAAUAUGACCAGGCAGUAGUGGUGCUUCCAAACACAAAAAAAUUGAUGAUGGUUCGUCAUCCUUUUGAUCGUUUACUCUCUGCAUACCGAGACAAGUUAGAGAACAUAAACAUUGGGAGGGAGCAUGGUACGCAUCACUUUUACAGAAAGUAUGGAGCAAAAAUUGUACAGAAGUACAGAAAAGGAGGGGAUAAAAUGGUAGCCAUUUUAAAACCGGGGUCUUAUUAUUUAAACCCAAAGCACCCCAAACCAACAGGAAUAGAGCCAACAUUCGAGGAGUUUGUAAGGUAUUUAAUCAAUACUGAUUUACUGAAUUAUGCUGAUGAUCAUUGGAUUCCAUACAACAUGUUCUGCACUCCUUGCCUUGUUGAGUACGAUUAUAUUAAUAAGGUCGAGACGAUGGAACGGGACCAAAUGUUUGUAAUAAAGGAUGCUCAGUUAGGCGAUAAAAUCAAGCCAUCCUGGAUCCACAAGACAUCUCCUUUGGAAGUUUCCAAAGAACAUAUUACAAAAUUGUAUUUCUCACAGCUGACCCGAAAACAAAUAAAAGAACUGUACAAGAAGUUCGAAUUAGAUUUUGAAAUGUUUGAUUAUUCACCGGAUAAAUAUUAUUUAUAUGCAAAGUCAUAAUUAGUGUGAUAAUUGCCCUGUAUUUUUUUAAAUUGUCACUGUACCUGAUAUAAAAAUAAAACUUAAACAAAGCAA